GUGUGGACGUUUGUGUAAGUGUGAGAGCAUCAUGGUGGCGUUUAAAGGAGUCUGGACUCAGCCCUUCUGGAAAGCCGUUUCAGCAGAAUUUUUGGCCAUGCUCAUUUUCGUCCUCCUCAGCCUCGGCUCCACGAUCAACUGGGGUGGAGCAGAGAAUCCCCUGCCUGUAGACAUGGUCCUUAUCUCCCUCUGCUUUGGACUCAGCAUUGCAACCAUGGUGCAGUGCUUUGGACACAUCAGCGGAGGCCACAUUAACCCUGCUGUGACCGUGGCAAUGGUCUGCACGAGGAAGAUCAGCCUCGCCAAGUCAGUCUUCUACAUCCUUGCCCAGUGCCUGGGAGCCAUCGUGGGUGCAGGCAUCCUUUACCUCGUCACACCACCCAGCGUGGUAGGAGGCCUGGGAGUCACUGUGGUACACAGAGAUCUUUCCGCUGGCCAUGGACUCCUGGUGGAGUUGAUAAUUACAUUCCAGCUGGUUUUUACUAUUUUUGCCAGCUGUGAUUCAAAGCGAAGUGAUGUCACUGGUUCAGUAGCUUUAGCAAUUGGAUUUUCUGUUGCAAUUGGACAUUUAUUUGCUAUCAAUUACACCGGUGCCAGUAUGAACCCCGCUCGAUCAUUUGGACCUGCUGUCAUCAUGGGCAGAUGGGAAAACCAAUGGGUAUAUUGGGUGGGACCAAUAAUAGGAGCAGUCCUUGCUGGUGCUCUUUAUGAGUAUGUCUAUUGCCCAGACGUUGAACUCAAGCGCCGUUUUAAAGAUGUCUUCAGUAAGGCUACCCAGCCAUCCAAAGGGAAAUACAUCGAGGUGGAUGACAACAGGAGCCACGUAGAGACCGAGGACCUGAUCCUGAAGCCUGGCAUAGUUCACGUGAUUGAUAUCGACAGGGGUGAAGACAAGAAGGGAAGAGAUCCAUCCAGCGAGGUGUUGUCUUCUGUAUGACUAGCAAGAAGCACUGAAAGCAGAGAGCAGCCUGCUAGCACAGAUAUCCUUCCACCUAUUAAAGAAACAGAUCUCCUCUAGACUGAGCAUCUACCAUUUCUUAAAAGGUAUGGUGCAGGCAGCUGGGUGGUAGUGGUGUCACCAAACCAUACACGUGCUCAGUUCGAAGAUUAGGACUUUACUGUAAUUAGGAUUCCCCAUCUAUUCCAAAUUGAGAAUUGUUCCUACUAUUUUCCUUUCCUUCUUUCUGGAACAACUCCAAAGUCAAAACAAAAGGUGAAAGUACUCUCCUUUAAUAAAUCGGUCAAUAAUGAGAUGAAGAUAGAGAUGUUUAACAUUCAGAUUGACAGUUAAGGCGUAUCAGGAAAUGCCUAUAGACAUAGAGACCUAUUUAUCAGAUUGUUCUUCUGAUACUUAAUUGGCUGUUGUCAGCUCCGAUUACAAUAUCUUAUCCAUUAAGCGUUCUCUGCGAGGUUCAGGGACAGCACCAACAGUAUUUAAGAGCUUUAUCCACAGUCAAGCAAAGGAGUAUUGUUUCCACUCGUACAUCAUUGUUGCCUUGCAAACUACCUCUGAAAAAAUGAUACUUUAAUAGGUUUAAAAAAAAAUAAAUAUAUCAACCCAUCAAAUUUCACUCAUGUGUUUUGCAGUAUAAAUAUAUUACCUUCAUCCCUUCCCAGGAGUAUAUAUGCUGAAAUUGAACAUUGAAGUCUACUGUAAAAAAGCUGCAAAGUAUUUGACUGUACUUCAUGCUCCUUCUUGCCAUUGUCUAUCUGGUGAAACAUUCUCCUGAGGUUUGACUAUUGACUGUUUAGUGUUAUCAGACUCCCAAGGUCAUGCAAAGAAUACAAAGGCUUUCCUGUUACUUAAUAACUCAAAUAAGAGAUAUCAGAAGAAAAGAAGGCAUAUCUGUUUUCAGUGCACUUGUUCAAAUACACAUUUCUGUGCUAAUUUAUGUAAACUAAAGGUUUAAAUUACUUACCUACUUUCUUACA